UUUAAAUUUUUGAUUUUUAUAUAAUAUUUUAAAUACAUUCUUGUUGUAUGUUAUGUCUCAAUCAACACCAAUAAACAAAAUUAAAGGUCGUCCUUCUAUUAGGUCAACACCGGAUCAGAAUAUGAGUCUUAAUAAUUCUACUGACAAAUCACAUCAAGCUAAUAAUGAAGUUAAUCAUACAAGAAAAAGUUCAUUAUCUCGUAGUGGUUUGGAGUUGAGUCAAAAUCGAAAUAAUUCAAAAAAUGAAAGUGACAUUAGUGAUGAUUUGUCUCCAAGAAGUGGAAGUGAUGAAGAUAGCAGCCCUGAGAAUGUGCGAUAUGGAUCAAGUGAUGAGGAUAAAAGACAUUCUGAAUCUCAAAAUAGAAGAAAUAAGGAAAAAAAUAAAUACAAAAAUAGGAAUAUAGAUAAGGAAUGUGCUAAUAUAAACAUAAUUAACAUACACAAACAAACAAAAAAUCCACCAAAUUUUGAAUAUUACAUCAUUGCGAUCAUUAUUGGGAAUGCACAAUUUUGGUCAGUUGUAUAUUCUGGACUUCAUAAUGUGAUAGAUCGUAAUUCCAAAUUUAAAGCCACAGUUUUCUUAUUUUUACACCCGAAGGAUAUAAACAAUGCAUCUAUAAAUUUAAGCCGAGAAAUUGCUAAAAUAGCAGCAAGAAGUUUAGGUACAAGUGGACCAAUAUUUGUAACUGAACAAGACAUUAAUAAUUUACCUAACGAAAGGGGUUAUUUUAUUGAACAAUAUCGCUCAGAUCUUGAAAAACAAAAAGUUCUAGUUCUUCCGGAUUUACAUAAGAUUCCUCCACAUAUUGCGGAAUCUUUACAUUUUGUUUGUGAUGUAGAAAAUCCUCUAGUACAGAAGUCUAUAAUUAUCUUAACAAUGGAAAUUACGAACAUCAAUCUCAAAGUGCCUCCUCUAAGACAAAUAGAAAAUAUUCUGCAAGGAUUAUGGAGUCCACCACUAAGCGACAAUAAAAUUGAACCGAUUAUAACAAGAUUAACCACAAGUGUCUCUAUGAUCACCCCAGAAAUUGUUUAUUAUGGCAAAAGCAACUGAAUCAGAUAUAUUUUUAUAAGUAUUAAUAAAAGAUUA